AUGGUCAGCGAAAGACAGAAACUAGCUCGCAAGCGAUACAAAGAAGAGCACCCAGAGUUGUUCCCAAAGCCAGAGCCGACGGCCCCGAAAGACCCGGACAAGAAGAAAAAAAAGAAGACCUUCAAGCGCAAAAAAUCAGAGUCUAAACAACCCAGGGACCCAAAUAAACCCAUUAAAAAGAGUUUCAAAAAACACCCACUUAGAGUCCCUGGCAUGAAGCCUGGGGAGAGCUGCUACAUUUGUAAAGCCAAAAACCAUAUAGCCAAACAUUGCCCUGAGAAAGCUCAGUGGGAAAAAAAUAAGAUAUGUUUGCUUUGUAGGCACCGUGGACAUAGUCUAAAGAAUUGUCCUUCUAAGAGUGAAGAGACUGAGAGCAAGAAGAUGUGUUAUAAUUGCGGCAAAACUGGGCAUUCACUUGCACAAUGUCCCCAACCACUUCAAGAUGGUGGAACAAAAUUUGCCAGUUGCUUUAUCUGUAAAGAACAAGGACAUCUAAGCAAGAACUGCCCUCAAAAUACGCACGGAAUCUACCCAAAGGUAAGUUAUGACUAUUUCCAUAUCUUUGUUUCAUUCAGAAGAGGGGGUGGUUGUUGUAAGAUAUGUGGUGGUGUAACACAUUUGGCAAAAGAUUGUCCUAAUAAAGGCAACAGAAGUUCUGCCCCUACAAGAAUAGAAGCGUUUGAAGAUAUGCCAAGGGGACAGGUGACCAAAUUUGUUAGUGGUGAUGAUCUUGAUGGCGACUUUGUGAUAGAAGAAACUUCUAGUGGUAACAAAGACAAGUCUGCAUCAAAAGUUGGUCCUGUAUCUGAUUCUAAAGAUGGUAAUGUAAAGUCAAAGAAGAAACAAGGAACCAAAGUGGAUCCGACUGACAACAUGGCGAACGCGGCGUCUGGAAUGGCUGUGGAUGAUGAAUGUAAGCUGAAAUUUCUGGAACUAAAAGCAAAAAGGAACUACCGAUUUAUCAUCUUCAAGAUUGAAAAUCAGCAGGUUGUGGUAGAGAAACUCGGUAGCCCUGGUGACACUUACGAUGAUUUUAGUGCAUCUCUUCCUGCUGAUGAAUGCCGCUAUGCCGUCUUUGACUUUGAUUUCAUUACUAGUGAGAACUGCCAGAAAAGCAAAAUUUUCUUCAUUGCCUGGUCACCUGAUUCAUCAAAGGUGAGAAUGAAAAUGGUGUAUGCAAGCUCCAAGGACAGAUUCAAAAGGGAAUUGGAUGGGAUUCAAUUUGAGUUGCAAGCAACGGAUCCUAGUGAGAUGAGCCUUGACAUUGUAAAAGGGCGAGCAUUUUAGUGGAAUUAAGCUGCCAUUUUUCUCUUUCCUUUUUUCCUUAACAAUUACGUCUUGAGAGAUGUUUUUCAUUCUUCUUUCAGAAAUUGCUUCUUACAUUUUCUUUUGUCUUAUGGGUUUUAUACUAUGUAGUAGUUCAAUGUA